UUGCCGACACUCCGCCGGCCGUUUCGCUUUACUUGUAAACAAACUCUCGCGGAAAGCCACGCGAGAGUGUAGGGGUGCAUCUUCUCACACACGCGGUCACCUGGAAACCACAGGAGCCCACGAGAACCCUUCGCACAGGUGUGACUCCCGGACACGCGCCAUGGAUGAUUCAGGGAUCAUCCGGAGACGGAGGCUGCAGAAGGAUUUGCCUCUGCCGCGAAAAAGCAGCAGUUGCAGAACCAGUAACAGGAAAAGCCUCAUCCUGACCAGCACGUCGCCCACCCUGCCGCGGGCGCACUCUCCGCUGCCUGGACACAUCGGAAGCAGUCCGUUGGACAGCCCGCGCAACUUCUCACCAAGCGGACCGGCCCACUUUUCCUUCGCCUCCUCUCGCAGGGCUGAUGGUCGUAGAUGGUCCUUGGCUUCUCUGCCUUCCUCAGGAUAUGGCACCAACACACCCAGUUCAACGUCAUCCAGCUCAUCCCAGGAGCGUCUCCACCAGCUGCCUUUCCAGCCGACCAUGGACGAGCUGCACUUCCUGUCCAAGCACUUUGGCAGCACCGAGAGCAUCACGGAUGACGACGGGGGCCGACGCUCACCGCACGUCCGCCCUCGCUCUCGAAGCCUCAGUCCAGGGCGCUCUCCAUCCUGCUAUGACAAUGAAAUGAUGAUGAUGAACCAUGUCUACAAGGAGCGAUUCCCCAAGGCCACGGCUCAGAUGGAGGAGAGGCUCGCAGAGUUCAUCCACAACUACUGCCCGGAGAGUGUGCUGCCACUGGCCGACGGCGUCCUGAGCUUCAUCCACCACCAGAUAGCCGAGCUGUCCAGGGACUGCCUGACGAAGUCGCGCGAGGAUCUCAUCACCAGCGUCUACUUCUGUGAGCUGCAGGAGAACCUGGAGAAGCUGCUGGAUGAUGCAUACGAGCGAUCCGAGAAUUCGGAGCUCACCUUCAUCACCGAGCUGGUCAAAAAGCUCUUCAUCAUCAUAUCUCGUCCAGCCAGGCUCCUCGAGUGUUUGGAGUUCAAUCCUGAAGAGUUUUACCAUCUGCUGGAGGCCGCAGAGGACCACGCCAAGGAGGGGCAACUGAUGAAGGCAGAUAUCCCUCGAUACAUCAUCAGCCAGUUGGGGUUGACCAGAGACCCGCUGGAGGACAUCAGCGGCCUCGACAGCUACGACAGUGAGGGUCCACACACUCCAGAGGCCGAUGACUUGGCAGAGGGGAAAGGGAGAACCAUCAAGCCACCGAGUGAAGAAGAUUUUCAGAGCAUCAAGCUGAUCAGCAAUGGGGCUUAUGGUGCCGUCUACCUGGUGCGACACAGGGAGAUGCGUCAGCGCUUUGCCAUGAAAAAGAUCAACAAGCAGAAUCUGAUCCUGAGGAACCAGAUCCAGCAGGCGUUCGUGGAGAGGGACAUCCUCACCUUCGCGGAGAAUCCGUUUGUCGUCUCCAUGUUCUGCUCCUUUGAGACGCGGAGACAUCUGUGCAUGGUCAUGGAAUAUGUCGAGGGUGGUGACUGUGCCACUUUGCUGAAGAACAUCGGGGCUCUGCCUGUGGAGCUGGCGAGGAUGUACUUCGCUGAGACAGUUUUAGCCCUGGAAUACCUGCACAACUAUGGCAUCGUCCAUAGAGACCUCAAACCUGACAAUCUACUGAUCACCUCCAUGGGGCACAUCAAGCUUACAGACUUUGGCCUGUCGAAGAUGGGUCUAAUGAGCCUCACCACCAACCUGUACGAGGGACACAUUGAAAAAGAUGCCAGAGAGUUCCUGGACAAGCAGGUGUGUGGUACUCCGGAGUACAUCGCUCCCGAGGUGAUUCUCCGUCAGGGCUAUGGAAAGCCGGUGGACUGGUGGGCCAUGGGCAUCAUCCUCUAUGAGUUCCUGGUGGGCUGCGUGCCGUUCUUUGGAGACACUCCGGAGGAGCUGUUUGGGCAAGUCAUCACAGACAAUAUAGUUUGGCCAGAUGGUGAUGACGCCUUACCUGCGGAUGCCCAGGACCUCAUCUCUGCCCUGCUGCAGACCAACCCUCUGAUGAGGUUGGGUACAGGCGGAGCGUUUGAGGUGAAGCAGCACCCGUUCUUCACAGAGCUGGACUGGAACAGUUUGCUGCGACAGAAGGCCGAGUUCAUCCCUCACCUGGAAUCGGAGGAGGACACCAGCUACUUUGACACCCGCUCAGAUCGGUAUCACCACAUCAAUACGUACGACGAGGAUGACACCAAUGACGACGAGCCGGUGGAGAUCAGACAGUUCUCCUCCUGCUCUCCUCGCUUCAGCAAGGUGUACAGCAGCAUGGAGCAUCUGUCUCAGCUGGAGCAGAAAGCUUCGAACUGUGUGUCCCAUCAGGAGCACAAGGGCCCGCGGGAGGACAAGGUGACCAAGAGAGAGAGCCUGGGCAGCUUCAGCAUGAGAGACAAGAGCUGGAGGACCGGAUCCCCCGAGAUGAAGCGCCUCUCUUGUUCAGAGUCCCUCUACACGGAGGGGGAUGCGAGCCCUCCCCUCGGCGCUCGCCGGCGCUUCUCAGCACUGAUGGACACGCACCGCUAUGCCUCACCGCUAGACGCCGAGCCUGACUUCCUAUCCCGCCAGGCACCCUUGAGGGUCCGUGGAACCUCCCUGGACGGGACCAGCAUCCCCUCGCCGAGCCUCCUGGAGCAGAGGAGCGGUCUGAAGGAGCUUAACGGAGCAGACAAGUCCCCGAGACAUGGAGAGACACCGGGAGUCACUGCGCCGAUCGCCGUGCUAACCCCAGGUCCUGCAGUAGCCGGUCGGGAUGUGAUGACCCCUCUGUACGACCCACUGGGGGCCCGGACCACCAAUGACCUGGUCCUCCGCAGGGCGCACCACCAGCAGUUGUCCGGCGACAGCGAGAAACGCACCUCCAGAGCUGGAAACAAGGUCAUCAAGUCGGCCUCUGCCACGGCCCUGUCUGUCAUCAUACCGUCAGUGGAGCAGCACGGCGGUUUCUCUCCGCUGGCCAGCCCCAUGUCGCCCCACUCAUUGUCCUCCAACCCCUCGUCCCGGGACUCUUCGCCCAGCAGAGACUUUUGCCCAACAGUCAGCGCACUGCGCUCUCCCAUCAUCAUCCAUCGCUCUGGAAAGAAAUACGGCUUCACUCUCAGGGCCAUCAGGGUCUACAUUGGGGACAGUGACAUCUACAGCGUGCAUCACAUUGUUUGGCAUGUGGAGGACGGCGGUCCCGCCCAGGAAGCUGCCCUGUGUGCCGGUGACCUCAUCACCCACGUCAACGGGGAGUCUGUCCACGGUCUGGUCCACACUGAAGUGGUCGAGCUCAUCCUCAAGAGUGGAAACAAGGUGACCGUGACAACCACGCCCUUUGAGAACACCUCUAUUAAAGUGGGUCCUGCCCGCAAGGCCACCUACAAGUGUAAGAUGGCCCGACGCAACAGGAGGACCGUGGGAAAGGACGGCCAGGAAAGCAAGAAGCGGAGCUCCUUGUUCCGAAAGAUCACAAAGCAGUCCAACCUGCUGCACACCAGCCGCAGCCUGUCCUCGUUGACUCGCUCCCUGUCCUCCAGCGAGAGUCUCCCCGGCUCCCCGACUCACAGCUUGUCUGCCCGGUCCCCGACUCAGGACUACCGCUCCACCCCCGAGCCCUCGUACCUGGGGGCCUCCUCCCAGAGCAGCUCUGCGGCCUCCAGCACUCCGAACUCCCCCGUUCCCUCUCAGCACAUGAGGCCCAGCUCCCUGCACGGCCUCUCCCCGAAGCUCCACCGCCAGUAUCGCUCUGCACGCUGCAAGUCUGCGGGCAACAUACCCCUGUCCCCGCUCGCCCACACGCCCUCCCCCACACAGUCCUCGCCCCCGCCGCUGCCCGGCCACACCGUGGGGAGCUGCAACACCACCCAGUCCUUUCCCGUCAAGCUCCACUCCUCGCCGCCGGUGGUCCGCCCCAGGCCCAAGAGCGCUGAACCCCCUCGAUCGCCUCUUCUCAAGCGGGUGCAGUCGGCGGAGAAGCUGGGCUCGCCUCUGACCCAGUCCAGCUCCACGGGAGGGCUGGGCGGUCCGCUAAGGAAGCACAGCCUGGAGGUGCAGCACUCCGAGUAUCGCAAGGACGCCUUCCUCUGUGAGCUCGGGCUCCAGAGCCUGCUGGAGACGGACGGGGAGAACCUUCAGCCUAACCCUCCACCCCUGCCCUCAUCCUCUACAAACCCAGAGACUGGUGUCCUGAAGCCUGUGAGGAGACUUGGGAGACAGGAGUCCCCGCUCAGCAGGGAAACACUGCUGGCUGGAAGGGAGAGGGAGGAGAGGGAGAGGGGACGGGAGAGGGAGAGGGAGAAAGAGAGGGAGACUGAUACCGGGACAGUCCUGGAGAGAUUGAGUCGCGUUGCGGCAGGAUCCCAGUCGUCAUUAACAAGGAAGUCUUAUAGUGAGCUGUCCUUUAGCUCGCAGGCUGGCCAGAGCUCCAGACUUUGUGCAGAAACCACGAAAGCUACAAGUUCCGGCACCCCGAGCAAAACAAUGGGAAGUCUAGGCGGUCAGAAGGGACCUGAAAAGAUCCCUCAGAGUCCGGCAGACUUCACUUCAAAACAGCAAGACCCCAUGGGAGACAGAAGUAUGUUUUCUAAUAUCAAAGAUGUCAAGGAGCAGCUGUGGGGCAGAACUGAACCGAAGCAGGAAGGAGACAACAGGGGUCGGCCCGGUGCACCGGGUGCUGCCUUCAACAGGAGCUCUGCUUCCAGUCCGGAUAAAUCCAUCGGCGUGAACGCGUCUGCGAAAGCUGGUCCUCUGAGCAUGAGCAAACCAUUCAAACCUGCAGGCGUGGGGGACAGCUUGAGAAAGGCUGGAGCGGAGAGCGGCGACUCGAGGACUCCAGACUUCGGCUCCAAAAGCCCAAAGCUCUUAGCGCGCGUUCUCGCCCCCAUCUUACCCCAACAUGGGCAGCAGCUCCUGCUCGGCAAGGUGAGGCAAGGACUCGGGCCCGUCAACUGCUACCGGGGGACCCUUGACUGGGAGGACAAAUGUCGCCUGGAAGUGGUGGAGGAGCAUUCGCCCUCCCCUUCUCCCUCCCCGACAUCCGUCGCCCCCUCCCUCUGCGGGUCGUCGCUCUGCAAGUCCCGGCCCAUCUCCCCCGGCGACAAGACGAGCUUCGUCAGCCAGCUGACCACCGUGGCUAAAAACGUCCUCGGUCCGAUCAAGCUGGGCUCCCAGGAGGGGUCCAAGAGCAAAGAUCAGCAGACGAAGGCAGUGGAGGAGAGUCAGGGCGGCGCAGCGGGGAAGUCUGACACUCCCGCGGGAGGUCGAGUGGUUGUUGGGGCGGCGGUGGUGACCCAAAGUCCUGCUGCUUCACCUCUAGAAAGGGCUGCGAUGGGGAGCGACCAGUCAAAAAUGUGACCCCAUGGGGUCCCUAAAUGGGACUUUCAGAAAAAAUUUCAUUUUUUGGAAGAACAAUGCAACAGAAGUCAAGCACUUAAAAACAAUGUACAUUCCAGUUUCAGAGUAUAUCAAAUGUUAUUUAUUAAUAUCAACGAUUGACUGAUUCUAACUCAAAACCAGGAUAAAACGAUCUCAUGUAAAGGUGCAUUAUCUGUUGGUUUUCUAUUAUAAACUAUUUAAUAAGAGGACUCUUUAAUGUAACGUGGUAGACUUUACCAGAUGUAUAUGUGUGUGGGUCUCUGUGAACGCAUGUCAUCUAUGGUUAUGUACUGUACAUGUAUACUAGAGGGUACAAGAAGGUCAACAAGUGCUUUAAUGAUCAAAACAUGCUGAAAACUGUGAAUACCAAAAUCCAGUCACUCUAUUUCGUCUUUUUAACAAAAGCCAGCACUUCGUUCUCUCGCCACUUCAUCACAAGCAAGACAACGUCCCGCAGUCACGUUGUGAUAUUUGCAUUAACAGUUCGGGCUUCAGCGAGCGAGCGACAGGAUCAAGUUCAUUCCUUCUCGACGGAGUCGCUGUUCACGUGGGUCAGACAAAAGGCCAAAGAGUGCACUGGGUCAGCCGAUGUCCAGCUCUGUCUGUCGCAGUGUCGAGUUGCUGACGUGUGAGCGUGCAUGUGUGAGCGUAUGCGUGUGUGUGAGCGCGUGAAGCCACUUUGGGUCUAAUUCUGCUGCUUCUUGGAGGCCGUGUCAUCCUGCAGAGGAAAGCUUGUUUGACAGAGCUCAGGCUCAGUGCUUAUCUCCCCCUCGCAGAAGGGCUGCCACGGCACCCUUUUUUUUUACUGCCUACAUGCACACGCACACACAUACACACACACACUUACACUCGCACACUCACAUUGCCACAGGAGGCAGCACUGUCAGCAGAUGUUUUUUCAAUGCAUUUAAACCCGGGGUCCUACGAAGUGGGAUGCGAGUGUGUUUUGCGAGUGAGUUAGGAAGUGUGUGAGAGCACGUGUGUGUGUGUGUCUCUCUUUGUGGGUUGAUCACACUCCACGGGGGUCAUGAUGGAGAACCAAACUGGAAAUAAACACAUAAUGUGUGUGGACAUAGUGUAUACAUAUACAUAUAUAUAUAUAUAGCGUGUAUAUAUGGUGUGUAUAUAUACAUAUAUAUGUAUAUAUAUAAUAAAAAUGGAAUCGUAAGCACAUAUACAGUGAACCCAUAUGUGUUGUUUCGAGCCCAAGUGGGGGAAAGCAGGCCGUUAUGGAUGUAGCAUACAGUUAUGUGUUUGUUAAAGGGCUCUAUAGAUAAAGUAGGGUUUGUGUAUUAUGGGCAAGGGCACAGUAUAUCACAAUGGACCUGUUGCUAUAAAAAAAAGAAAGUUAGGUUAUCUGCACACUUUACAGUUGUGCUGGUAGCGGAUGCACGUUGUUUUGCAUCAACUGAAAAACACUGUUUUGGUUUUGAUCUUUCUAAAAACAAACAACAAAUACAACAAGCUUUGGUUAAAAGCUAUGCAGAUCUACAAAGUGGGAAGUGGGAGGUGUGUUUUUGUGAUCUUGGCAGAUCAUUUUACAUAACCAGUCGUUGAUAUAUAUAUAUACAAAGAAAAAACACAUAUAUCAAUGCAUCUUUAAUGCAAUAUACACAGAUCUUUCCUUUUUAAAGGAUAGCAAUCCAUCCUUAAAAUCAAACCAGGUUUGAGGGUGUACCAAUGAUUUUACACCACUCAUCAAAAAGUCUCAUGCAGUUCAUGCAACAAAAAGUUAGUUUUUCCAUUCAGCAUCGUACUCUACUGCCCUCCAGUGGUUUAAAACAUCCACUGCUAAACAUGUUUCCAUCACGUGUUCAUUAAUAAUCUGCUGGAGUGAGAGUUUCGAGCGCUAAAACCCUGUAGAAUGGAGGUCAUUAGCCAUAGGGGUACAGAAUAUGCAUUUAUGUUUCUUAAUGACAAAAAUAUUUGCAGUAAUUAUCAAAUGAACACUUGAAACAUGAAUUCAUUCCUUUCCUGUUGUCGUGUUCUUCAUGUGACUGUUAAUUAUAUCUUCUGGGAUAGGGAUUAACAUUUUUAAUAUAAUAUACUGUCUUAUAUAUUCUACUGAUAGGAAGCAGUUCUUUUAUAUCUUGAUGUAAUAGAUGAGGCAUCAGGUCAGCUUUGAUAAGCUGACUAAGAAAACUAACUGUAAUGUAAUCGUCUACAGCAGCGGUUACCAAACUCAAGAAUGCUGCGGCCCAAUUUGAAAUCUGAAAAUCUUCUGCGGCCCACCCAAGCCUUUAAUCACAACCAGUGCAGCUGCUCGCCAUGUUGGUGCCCUAAGCAUAACUCCUUCAUGAUGCCCCCCUGAGAUAGCAAAGUGACCCACGGCGAGCGUUGUCGACGGGGGGGGGGGGGGGCUAGUGAGAGCGUGUUCACCUGUGUGCGCGGAUGUGUCGGCGCGCAUCACGGCAGAGCGAUGCGACCCGAGAAGUGUUAACGGGGGUGCUGAGCGAUUAAAUAUAUCUCUUGUUCUGCCUGUUUUGUGAUCUACAUGCCUAAAAGGCGCCUAAUAUUUCUAGACUGAAAUAAUAUCGGCAUUAUAAUUAUUAUAACUAUGAGGAUUUUUGUGUGUGCCUAUUUUGUGGUGCCCCCUCAGGACUCGGUGCCCUACGCGCAGCGCGUAGUGGGGCGGCGCUGAUCACAACUCUGAUCAAAACAUAAACUAGGGAUGAUUAAAUGACCUUCAGAAUUUAACCGAUUAAAAAUGUAUUAACCGACAAUGUAUGUUUUGUAUACCAUAUUCUCCGGAGCUCAUAUAUAUUUACUUUAAGACUACAAGAGGGCGCCCCAUUUGACAUUGUUUUGUUUGGCGGUCAGAAAAAUAGGUCAGAUAAAAGAAUAACACGUAAUUUAAAUCAUAAAUAUUUUUAUAUUAAUUUCAAACUUUUCAAAAUUGAAAAUUAAAAACAUUUUAUUUAUUUAUUGUAAAUGACCUCUCGCGGCCCACCUGCAGUACCUUCGCGGCCCACCAGUGGGCCCCGGCCCACACUUUGGGAAUCGCUGGUCUACAGCUAUUACGCCCACUUUCAGGCCUUUUCCCCAAUCAAUGGUGUCUCGUGUUACAUGUUUGAGAAUUUAUUUUUUUCUUUUUGUGGUUGACAGAGAGAGUAGUAUAAAUGCACUUUAUUUGGAAAUGUGCUGGUAGUUUGUAAGUAACUUUUUUGAAGAAAAAUAAAAAUAUAGGCUACUGUGUCCAUGUAUGUAUUCUAGAAUUGAACACAAAAGUCUGAGUAUAAAAACAUUCCACAUUU